AUGUCUAACCCUAAUCCCACUCCAACAACUGACCCACAAUUACCCAGAGCCAUACCUCCCGCCGGACUCGAUAACAUCUUUAGACGUUUGCCUCAAUUUUUCGCUUCGGAAGCCAAGGGUGAAGUGGAUGACAAGUUGGCCCGUCAGAUCCGGGGCGUUAUUCAAUAUCAAGCCAGAGCUAUAGCUUCUCAUUCAGUGAUCAACUCCCUUCCCAACCCAUUCGACAUUCUGCCUGCCAGGUUCGAUCCCAGCCAACCGUACAAAUCCGAUCCUCCUCUGUUGGACAAAACAACGCUAGACGCGGCUGUUAAAGCAGGAUUGGCAGAAGGACGUCUUAAGCUUGCACAACGACAAGCUGGCCAGAACAUAGUUUCAAACCCUACGAAUCCUGGUCCUGCUGUCCGACCAAUUACCAAUCCUACCAAUUCAAGUCCUGCUGUCAGACCACCUCAAAAUUUACCACAUACGACCCCUCUACAAAUCAGACAGACGGGUGUGAACCCGAUGAGCGGCAAUCCCGCUCAGACAGGUAUGUCAGGAGCUCCGACUACAACUGGGCAGGGCCAAACCGGUCAGAAUGUCACAUCGAUGGCGGCCAGAAACCUACCUCUACCUAUCAGACCUGUCCCACCACCGGGACUAGUACCAGUUCUCGAUCUGCAAAGGAUAUUGAAGACUACGCUCGACAUGAGGGAAAAACUUUUCCAAGAUCAACCUGGAUUGAAGGAGAGGUAUACUUCGUCGAUUCAAUAUCAUCAAGCCCUCAACAGAUUCAACGCCUCCGCCCAGGCUCGCCCCAAACCUGUCGAAACGGAGGCCAUGAGGAGGAAGAGAAAGAUAAGAGAUUUCGUAAAUGAAGAUGCUCCUGGUUUAGACAUAGAAUUAGGCGUUGCCGAGCUCCUGGGCGAAGCUAUGGAUAUGUUUAUCAACGAUUUCGCUCGUGGAGCAAUCAGAUUAGCAAAACAUCGAAAGAGUACAAAAGUAGAAGUGAAAGAUACGGCCGCUUGGUUGCGGAUGACAUGCGACGCAACAUUACCAGGCUUCGACGCCCAUGCUGAAGUCCCAAUACAUCUACCUCCGGAAGAUAGGAAGAGAACCAAAUUACCUGUUGUCAUCCCUCGUUUGGUUCGAGGGCGUGCAACAACGACGGCAACGGCAACGGCGACAACAGGAACGGCAGGGAAUACCGCUGCUGCUCCUAUUGCUGAGACAAAAAUAGAAGAGGUAAAGGUAGAACCGAAAGUUGAGGAGUCAUGA